GCCAGCAAAUCAGUCCUGCCAUUAUAAUAUGACUGAGAAGUGAAGGGUAAGAGUUUAUGGUAAUUUAUACUUAAAUUCUUAUAGGGUACAUUUGUGUAAUGAUGACAGAAACUACUGGAUGGCGACAGACAGUUUUAUCAAAAUGGCGGCUUCUGUUCUUGUGUUGAAUGGCAGGGAUUGUCAGGGAUUGGGAAACUCUGGCUUUUCAGAUGUUAAAGUACAAUAAACAACAGUCCCAUCAGUAUGAUUAAUGGUGAGAGAAGUUGGGAGCUAUAUUUUUCAAUAUCCAGUGGUCCAAAAUUCCCAUAACAACCAGUAAAUGACUGGAAAGCUGCCCAGAAUGAUUAUGUGUAAUCCGUAUUUCUUGGAGGAGGCAAACAGAAUAAGACUCUGUUUUCUAGUUUAGAAUCUACUAUUGAGGAGGUUUUGAAUUAUGGAAAUAGGAGAUUUUAGUCUAUGGAAAUUAUGGAAUCUCACUGCUGUUGAGGCUGGAUUUGGAAACCAUUUUGGUAAUGAGAAGGAAGGAAGGAAGAUCUUUGAAUGAAAAUAUGAGUAAGUUAAAAGAUGCAGAGAUAAGGAAUUCCUUCCACAAGGAAGGAAUAAUGAUGAGGACUGGGGAUUUUGAAAGCUGCUGUUCCAACACAUAUAGAAAACACCAGGGGUCUUGCAUAGGUGAAGAGAAGGCCUUGUAAUUGUAACAACUGUUGCUACGGUAUGUGUAAAUUACUAGUGACUUGGAAGUGGAUAGACAAGGUUGGCCAUAAGCCCUUUGUGAAGAGCAAGGACUAUUUUACAACCACUCCAAAUGUUCUACAGAUGUGGGGUCUGAGAACAUGGAACUCCUGCUUUUGUAAAUGCCCCAACGUUGAGAGCGCAUAGGAAAGUAUGUCACUCAACAGAAGCAUCUCCCUCUCUUGGGGAACAGAAGUGGAAGUGGGGGGGUUUGCUUGCUCUUGUGGCCGAGUAUCCUUCAUGCAGCAAAGGAGAUCCUGUGAGCAUUAAAAAAAAAAAACAACCAACAACUGCGGUCUCUCUUUGUUAGCUUCAAGACAUACACAGCUUUUCAGCCAGGUUUUGGGAGGUUUGCUGUGCUUGUGCAACCUUCAUCGGCAUCAUUGGCAUUUAAAAAAUUGUCACAAGGCAAAGUACACAAGAUUGACUCCUAAAAAGCUAACGUGACCAUGGGAGAUAUGAAGACUCCAGACUUUGAUGAUCUGCUUGCAGCCUUUGAUAUACCAGAUAUGGUUGACCCAAAAGCGGCUAUUGAAUCUGGCCACGAGGAUCACGACAGCCAUAUAAAGCAGAAUGUCCACCCGGAGGAUGAUUCCCACGCACCAUCCUCAUCUGACGUCGGUGUAAGUGUCAUUGUGAAAAAUGUGCGGACAAUUGAUUCCUCUGAAGGAGCGGAGAAAGACAACCACCAUUCCACAGGCAACGGGUUACACAACGGUUUCUUGACGGUAUCAGCUCUAGAAAGUUAUAAUAAAGAGGAAGGCAAAUCGCUCAAAGAUGAGGGCUCAGUCUCAGAAAAUACACUGAAAGAGUCUGCCUUUAACCAAUUUAGUCCUAUCUCAAGUGCUGAAGAGUUCGACGACGAUGAAAAAAUCGAGGUGGACGACCCUCCGGAUAAAGAGGACAUGCGUGGGAACUUCAGAACAAACGUAUUAACAAGGUCUGUCUCCCAGCAGGACUAUGAGAAGUUAAAAGUACUCGGAGGAGAAAACUUGAUGAAACACGGAGUUGCAGGUCCAGGUAAUUCUGAGAAACCCAAGGUGUCUAAAAGAGACUCGGAAACAAACCCAUCACCUUUAGGUCACUAUGAACCCUUUAAAGCUAGGAAGAUAGACGACAAGCUGCUUAAAGAAAACUCGGAGAAACUCCUUGAAAACAGAGCGGUCGAUGGGAAAAUAAAUCCGGAAAAAGGAGAAGCAACCCUUACCAGUCUUUCCCAGGCUAAAGCAAAAUCCUCAGCAAAACUCUCUUCCUGUAUUGCUGCAAUUGCAGCUCUAAGUGCUAAGAAAGCAGCCACGGACACUGGCAAAGACCCACAAUCCAAUUCAAGGGGAUCCUCUCCCUUGCAGAAAGAUACCAGCGAAAGCCCCCGCGCCAUGGACAAAUCCCCCGAGUCUCAGAGUCUCAUUGACUGUGCAAAAAAGCCCCCUGUCAAACAACCUGACAGCCCCAGGAGUAUAUCAAGUGAAAACAGCAGCAAAGGCUCCCCGCCAUCGCCUGCAGGCUCGACGCCAGCCAUCCCCAAAGUGCGCAUCAAAACCAUCAAGACGUCCUCGGGGGAGAUCAAGAGAACGGUCACCCGUGUCUUGCCUGAAGUGGAUUUGUUGGAAAGCGGUAGGAAACCAGAGCAAGCAGCUUCCAUGGUGGCUUCUGUGACAUCGUUGCUGUCUUCCCCGACUUCUGCCGCAGUUCUUUCUUCUCCCCCCAGGGCACCUCUCCAAUCGACAGUGGUCACCAACGCGGUGGCUUCCGCAGAGCUCACUCCCAAACAAGUCACCAUUAAGCCUGUGGCCACUGCUUUUCUCCCCGUAUCGGCUGUCAAGACAGCAGGAUCACAGGUGAUCAAUCUGAAACUUGCAAACAACACCACAGUGAAAGCCACCGUCAUAUCCGCUGCUUCGGUGCAAAGCGCCAGCAGUGCCAUCAUCAAAGCCGCCAAUGCUAUACAGCAGCAAACAGUUGUGGUGCCCGCCUCGAGCCUUGCCAGUGCGAAACUUGUGCCAAAGACGGUCCACCUUGCCAACCUUAAUCUACUGCCUCAAAGUGCUCAGACCACCUCCGAACUCCGCCAAGUGCUCACGAAACCUCAGCAACAGAUCAAGCAGGCAAUAAUCUCUGCAGCAGCUUCUCAGCCUUCGAAAAAAGUGUCUCGGGUUCAGGUGGUGUCCUCUCUACAGAGCUCUGUCGUUGAAGCUUUCAACAAGGUGCUCAGCAGUGUUAACCCCGUCCCAGUCUAUAUCCCAAAUCUCAGCCCUCCUAUAAACGCGGGCAUCGCUUUACCCACACGUGGUUACAAAUGCUUGGAAUGCGGUGACUCCUUUGCCCUUGAAAAAAGCCUGGCUCAACACUACGACAGGAGGAGCGUGCGGAUCGAAGUCACCUGUAACCAUUGCACAAAAAACCUGGUUUUCUAUAACAAAUGCAGCCUUCUUUCUCAUGCACGGAGUCACAAAGAGAAAGGGGUGGUGAUGCAGUGUUCUCAUCUGAUUUUGAAGCCAGUUCCUGCCGAUCAGAUGAUAGCUUCUCCCACCAGCAAUAGUUCUGUUACGGCGUCCAUUCUUCAGAAUCCCACCGGAGUGGGCACCCACACCAUAACGAAGAUACAGUCCAGCAUAACAGGGACAGUCAUAUCGGCUCCUUCAAGUACGCCUGUUCCACCAGCCAUGCCUCUAGAUGAAGACUCUUCGAAGUUGUGCAGGCAUAGUCUGAAGUGUUUGGAAUGUAAUGAAGUUUUCCAAGAUGAAACGUCUUUAGCCACCCACUUCCAGCAGGCUGCAGACUCAAGUGGACAAAAGACCUGCAGUAUCUGCCAGAUGUUGCUUCCAAAUUUGUGCAGUUUUGCAUCACAUCAGAGGAUACAUCAGCAUAAAUCUCCAUAUACAUGUCCUGAAUGUGGGGCCAUUUGCAGAUCAGUCCACUUCCAAACUCAUGUCACAAAGAAUUGCCUGCAUUAUACAAGAAGAGUUGGAUUCCGCUGUGUCCAUUGCAACGUGGUAUAUUCUGAUGUGGCUGCACUCAAGUCCCAUAUUCAAGGUUCUCAUUGUGAAGUCUUCUACAAGUGUCCUAUUUGCCCAAUGGCAUUCAAAUCAGCACCCAGCACCCAUUCCCAUGCCUAUACCCAACAUCCUGGAAUCAAAAUAGGAGAGCCCAAAAUAAUAUACAAAUGUUCCAUGUGCGACACAGUGUUUACCCUGCAGCCAUUGCUGUAUCGUCACUUUGACCAGCACAUUGAAAACCAGAAAGUAUCUGUCUUCAAGUGUCCGGACUGCUCGCUUUUGUAUGCACAGAAACAACUCAUGAUGGAUCAUAUCAAGUCCAUGCACGGGACGUUGAAAAGCGUUGAAGGGCCACCGAACCUCGGUAUCAAUUUGCCGUUGAGUACAAAGCCUUCCAUCCAGAACUCAGUCAGCCACAAUAAAGAGGACUCGAAAUCCAUCAAUGGGACGGAUAAAGCCGAGAAGAAUUCCCCGACUACUGUGAAGAAGGCAGAGCCCAAAAAAGGGUCUAAUCCUGGCUGGACAUGCUGGGAAUGUGAUCGGCUGUUUACUCAGAGAGAUGUUUAUAUAUCCCACAUGAGGAAAGAGCACGGAAAACAAAUGAAGAAACAUCCUUGCCGACAGUGUGACAAAUCAUUCAGUUCAUCGCACAGCCUUUGCCGUCACAAUCGCAUCAAGCACAAAGGCAUCAGGAAAGUUUACACCUGCUCGCACUGCCCGGAUUCCAGAAGAACUUUUACUAAGCGAUUAAUGCUAGAAAAACAUAUUCAGCUGAUGCACGGCAUUAAGGAACCCGACGUGAAAGAAAUGGCAGAAUCAACGAACAUGGGAGAAAGUUCAGUCAAGGAAGACACGAAGGUUCCCAGUCCAAAGCGUAAAUUAGAGGAGCCCGUGUUGGAAUUCAGGCCCCCUCGAGGGGCCAUCACCCAGCCGCUGAAGAAGUUGAAAAUCAAUGUUUUUAAAGUUCACAAAUGCGCCGUCUGUGGCUUCACAACCGAGAACCUGCUUCAGUUCCACGAACAUAUUCCCCAGCACAAAUCUGACGGCUCCUCCUAUCAGUGCAGGGAAUGCGGUCUUUGUUAUACGUCCCAUGUCUCUUUGUCUAGGCAUCUCUUCAUUGUCCAUAAGCUGAAGGAACCUCAGCCUGUUUCGAAACAGAAUGGCUCUGGAGAAGACAGUCAGCAGGAGAACAAGCCCAGCCACGAGGAGGAAUCCACGGAUCGAUCCACCUCUGACAGGAAAUGCAAAGUGUGCGCAAAGACCUUUGAAACGGAAGCUGCCUUAAACACCCACAUGAGGACACACGGGAUGGCUUUUAUUAAAUCCAAACGAAUGAGUUCGGCUGAAAAAUGACCUGUUCCUGUCUUUCAUCCCAUAAGCAUCUUCCAAAAGCCCUGGAGGGGGGGAGGGGGAGAAAUCAACCUUUCUACUUCAGAAUGGAGUUGACUUUUUUCUUUGGGGGAAUAUAAAAGAUUUACCAUACCGUAAAUUUUAACAAUUCUCCCCCAGGCUGUUGCAAUAGAUUCCACUCUAUUCUAUAUUUCAAUUUUAUCUUCCUCACCUCAUAUCACUAUAGAGAUUUAUAAGUAGUCAUUCGUCAUUCACUCUCGCCUGAAAGACAGCAUUUUAAAAAAAAAAAAGCAGUAUUUGAGUCUAAAAGAAUUUGUAUAUAUUUAAACAAAAGGAAUUUCAUAGUCUUUGUUACAUGUUUGUAUUUGUAUUUAGUGGGGUUUUUUUCUUUCCUGUUUUGUUUGUCUUUCUUGCUUACGUCUUUUCUAACCAAUGGAUUGUUUCGAAGCAGAAUUCUUAAAACGUUGGAGCAAUA